AUGGGCAAGUCCAAUCUAGAGCUGGUCAAAGAAUGCGACCGAUUCCCGUACUACCAGGAUGACCCCGCAUUCUACACCGCGCACCUGGAGAACUACCACGUCUUCAAAGUCAGCGGCUGCGACGCCGUGUUGGGUUACAUCCUCAACAGCGUGGUGCAGCGCUUCCCCUGGCCGGCCGAGUUCUGGGCGGUCGACUCCACGACGCGGACCGUCACCCUCGUGACCGGCGCCGAUGCGACCCCGGCGCAGCGCAGUCGGCAAGUCGCGCAGACUCUCGCCGCAGCGGUGGAGCAGGGCACGUUCGAGAUCCUGCGCGGCUGGCGCGACGAGCUCUACCCUAUCUACGGGCCAGGGGGCGAGUUCCUGCUGGAGAUGGAGCGCUCGGCCACCCCGCUCUUCGGGGUGGUCUCCUACGGCAUCCACGCCACGUGCUACGUCGAGGACGACGAACAGGGCCUCCGGAUCUGGGUGCCGCGGCGCUCGCGCACGAAGCAGACCUACCCGGGGAUGCUGGACAACUCCGUGGCGGGCGGGAUGAGCUCCCACGAGCGGCCGUUCGAGUGCCUCGUGCGCGAGGCGAGCGAGGAGGCCUCGCUGCCGGAGGCCGUGACGCGCGCGAACGCGCGGGCCGCCGGCUGCGUCACCUACUUCUACGUCCGGAGCUCCAAGGCCGGCGGCGAGACCGACCUGCUGCAGCCCGAGGUCGAGUACAUCUACGACGUGCGGGUCGCCGCGGACAUGGUGCUGCAGCCCUGCGAUUCCGAGGUCGAGCAGUUCCACUUGCUCUCGGUCGAGGAGACCCAGGCGGCCCUGGCGCGCGGCGAGUUCAAGCCCAACUGUGCGGUCGUCUUGAUCGAUUUCUUCAUCCGCCAUGGCAUCCUGACCGCCGAGAACGAGCCGGAUUUCUUGGAGAUUCUGGCCCGGAUACACCGGCGCUUGGAGUUUCCCACUGCCUCGCAUGCGACGAACUAG